UGGAAACCUAGGAGAGGAGGGGCCCCUCGGAUCUCGCCGUCGCCGACCACGACGCUCCCGCCUCUGCCGCUCCCCUCUUCCUGUCGGCGUCAGAUCCCCCCCACCUCACCGCUCUCUCGCUCCCCCGUUCCACCGCGUCCAUCUCAGCGCCGCUCCUGAUCGGUUCAGUGGAGCGGAGAGCCAUCGGAGUGGAGGAUCGGUUUCUUCGCUUGUUGGCAAGUGAACUGCGGAUUUAUCUCAGCGUGGUGGUGGAUUGGUUAUUUGGUUUCCUCGCUUGCUGGAAAGUGAACUGCGGAUUUGCCUCGCUGUGGUGGCCUCUUGACCGAUCCGUGUACCCUGAGUCCAUCAGGUUCUUCUUCAGAUAGCAGCCGCAUUGAUCUACAGUAUUCAGUCUUAUGGACCUUUGAGGCCUUGUUCGGUUGCAAGGGAAUUAACCUAGAGUUGACCUAGAGUUGUAGUCCUUUUCAGGAUUUUGCAUCAAGGAGUUUAUUUAGCGGACAAUAUCCUGGGCUUCCUCUGAUGAGGAAUCUGCCCCCCACCAGGUUAAGUGUGCCAACCACUUUCACAGCUGGCUAGUACAUACUACAAAGGAGAAGGGACUUUGUCUUUGUGAAGCGCUUUUUAUCAAGUUCACACAUAAUUUGAACACAAUUCGGUACAUCCCAUGGCAACCACAAGGACAAAUGCUGAUGGUGUUUAUUUGGGUGAAGGUUCUUUUAGGAAGGAAUUCUGUGUUCCGAGUAGGCAAGCAGAACUAUCAACACCAUCAUCAGGCCAGAAAACAAACUCAUGCAACCUCUACGAGGACAAGUCUGUGUCACAUAGGCAGGAAUCUGAAUCCUCCAUGGGAGCAAGUGAUAACAUUGAUUCUCUAGUGGCGAAUUCAAUAGGAAGGCUCAUCUUUGAGGCUGGACUUGAGCCUGAUUUUGUUCACUUACCAUCUUAUAAUGGAGUGAUUGAUUUGCUCACCCGUGGGGUUCGAAUUGCAAUGCCUUCAUAUGAAUAUAUUCUUCAGGUGCAACUAAGUGAAGUUCAGCAGCAUGAAAGGGCUUUGAGGCAACAGUGGGAAAAAAGUGGCUGCAGUGUGAUAUUGGAUAGAUGGAAAAGCCGAUGUGGGAAAAGGUUCGUUAGUGUUUUUGUGCAUUGUAGAGAAGGCAUGAUGUUCCUCAGAUCUAUUGACAUAUCUGCAAUAUUUGAUGAUGUUGAUGAGCUUGCAGCAAUGGUUUGUCAUGUGAUUGAAGAUAUUGGUGUCCGCAGCAUCGUUCAGAUUAUCAUAAAUGAUGUAUCGCCACAUAUGCAAGCUGCAGAACAUGCUGUCUUAAAGAAAUAUGAGCAGUCAUUCAUAUUCACAGUAUGUGCCGAUCAUUGCAUCAAUCUUCUGCUUGAGAAUAUAGGAGCACUUGAUAAUGUGAAGGAUGUCCUAAUGAAGGCAAGGGAUAUCACUAGGUUUUUGUAUGGUCAUGCACUGACAAUGGAACUGAAAAGGCUGUAUAUUGGGAAUGCUGAUAUCAUAAGUAACUCUAACCUGAAAUUUGUGGCUGUGUUUGAUACACUAGAAAAUCUAGUGUCUCACAGGGAUAAUCUGGUGGAGAUGUUUAGCUCUGAGGAGUGGGUUUCCUCUGAUCUGGCUUCUACAAGCCUGUCCAUGCAUAUCUGUGAGGUAGUACAGACGGAAGAUGCAUUCUGGAGUGCUGCUGCCAACAUUUUGAAGGUGACAGACCCACUUAUCAGCGUUUUAUAUAAACUGGAAGGUGAUAAGUGUCCAGUCAGUGUCCUGUAUGAUGCCAUGGAUAGCGCAAAAGAAGACAUAAAACGGAAUCUUGGUGAUGAGCAUGGCAGUUACUGGCUGAUGAUUGAUCACAUCUGGGAUGAUUACUUGCAUUCCCCAGUCCAUGCUGCUGCUUAUUUUCUGAAUCCAACUAUUUUUUACAGUGAUCGAUUCCGCAAUGAUGCUGAGAUCAGCAGUGGCAUCACGACCUGCAUUCUACGAGCAUCCAAGAGUCAUUACGAUGCAUUGCUCACUGCUGAACAGAUGGAUGUCUAUCUGAGAAAGUCAGGGACGUUUGAUUCUGAUUCAGCCGUUGAGGAAGCCGUGGGAACACCUCAAGAUCUCUGGUGGGUGAAGCAUGGGUCUGGCACGCCGGCGCUCCAAUCCUUUGCGAGCUUGAUCCUAGGGCAGACGUGUUUCGGCGCUUCCAGGUACAACCUGGACAAGAGCUUGUCCGAGAGGCUGCACACCGAGCGGAGGGCCUACACCGAGCAGGAGAGGUUCCGCAGCAUGGAGUACAUCUACUACAACCUCCGCCUUGCGAGCUCGGUGCCGCGCGUGGCCGGCCCUCCCGCGGACCAGCACAGUAAGCUCACUACUCAUCUGGGCGAUUGGCUCUCAGCGUAGCACACCCCAACCCUACUGAUGGCGCUCACCGGUGUGGUGGUGACUGGUGAGUGGUGAUCGACUGACUUCUGUAGCAUUCUUGUCUGUCUGUACAUACCGGUGGGCCGGGCCGGACCGGGCCCUUGAAAGAAACCUGUGCCUGCUCCACCCAUCCUUAUUUGGGCCGGAUGAAGUAAUUUCCCUUUUUUUUUAUACCUGAUUCGAUGAUUUUUCCAUCUGUGAAAUGGUAUGGCUGGCUGACAAA